AUGGUUGAAAAAGCUGGUACAGAAAGAUGUUUCCAGGAAUUUUCGAACAAGGCUCAACUAUAUUAUGAAGGUGAAUCUACAAAUGAAACCCAAGAAAGCAUCUAUCCUUCUUUUAUGACAUUCAAAUGUAAUGAUAUGGAGCAGAAUAAUGGGGAAUAUUUAAGUGGGCAAAGCAGAACAACCCAAGGCUAUGAGCAGCAAAGCAAAAAUCUUGAACCUACUUCCAAUAGCCGAAACGCAUUUAUGGGUGUCCAAUCUGAAAUUUCAACAUCUGACAAAUCAUAUGGUAAGAGCGUCGAAGACAUUAACAAUGUCUCCGGUUCACAGUCCACUUUCAGAUUUUUUGAUGAUGGGAAAACUGAUAUAUCCCAACGAGGACCUCCAAUUUCGGAAAAUACGGUGACUUCGUUUCCAAAAGAUUCCACUAAAACACAAUCAGUUUUUACUGAUGGAUGUUCAGGUUACUGUUAUUCUGACACGAACACGUCAGUAAAUGGAAAUCAAAGUAAUUUAACAGUUUGUUGUUGCGCUGAACCAGAAUUGCAUAAGGUGACUUCAUAUACCAGUCUAGACACUUCGAUACCAACCUCAUCUUCUCAGUUCAUUGAAUCAUCACCAAAAUCCUGCACAACUAAUACUCAAUCAGCAAAACCUUGCAUGCCUAUCCAGUCAUUUGGUACAAAAUAUGCUUCAUUUGGGUCUGGAAAGUAUCAAGCAGAGAAGCAAAAUACUAAUAUUGUUGGAUCAGAUCAGAACCAACCAAAUUUACAGAUGCAAGCACAAGGUUCGCCUGAUAUACUGAAUCCGUAUUCCACUACCAGAUUUCAACCUUCCAAAAUUAUGAGUCUAGAUCAAGUUGUUCGCAUCAGAGGUUUACACACAAGCCCAGCAAACUAUGUAUUUGCUUCACCUGAUGAAGAUGGUUCCUCCUCUAUUGACAUCCCCAAUUCUGUGCCCUAUGGGGUUCCUUUACUACCAGAGAAUAUGCAACCUGAGCAAGAGAGUGAUUUGAUAAUACAUGAUACCAAUCUAUAUGAGACGAAUGAACAGUUUGAAAACACUUCUUCGAAAAAUUCCGAGUCUGUUCCAUGGAAUAACUUACAAAAACAAGUUGAGUUUCAGUAUGGGUUAUCACCACGAACAUCAUACACAUUGCGAGCUUGCACUGUACCGGAAAUCGCCAACAAACCUAUAACACAAGUUUAUUCCACGAAUAUCAAAGAUGCUGGGGAUAAUAUAUAUACCUUGUCUGCUGACCGGUCUUUGCCAUCUGCUGGUAUUGUGAACGUAGAUUCACCAUCAUUGGAUGUUUCAAGCGUACAGUAUUCUAUGGCCUCCGGAAAAGCACAAUACAGAUGUGUAUUCUGUGGCCGGAUAUAUACAAGGCAUAGUCGGUUAAAAAAGCAUUUCUUGACCAAGCACAGUGGAAAAAGGUUCGUGUUCAGGUGUAACGUGUGCUUUAAGACAUACACAUCGAAGGAAAAUUUGAAUCGGCAUAUGAAUAUACAUACUGGCAAGUAUAAGUGUCCUAAGUGUGGCUCUACUCAUGACAGAGCCAAGCGUUUCAGGCAGCACUUACUACAAUGUUUAGGUAAGACUACGGACCUCUCUCAUUCGAGUAAGAUUACUUCCGCUUAA